AAUUAAAUAAUAUUUUUAGUAUUAUUGCGUAUUUAUUUUAUUUUUUUUGUACUUUUCUUUAUCAUAAACUAAUUUCUAAUUUUGUAAUUAUUUUUAUUUAUCAAUUUUAUUAUUAUAAUUUAAUUUUAUAAACAUUUAGGUAUCAUUAAUAUAUUUAUAAUAGUCCCAAUAAAUCAAAAUUUUUUUUUUAUUAUUUUUUUUUUUUUCAAAAACAUAAAUAAAAUAGUUUUAUAAAUAAUAAAAUGUUCUCUACUAAAAAUGGUAGUGAUUCAGAUGAGGAAAAAGAAUUAAUGGAUGAAAUUCAAUUAAAUCAACCUUUAAAUAUAUCGUCACCGGGGCUAAUCAAUAAUAAUGACUCAUCAGCAGGUUUAGAAUUUAUCAACCAAAUGGAACAAGUCUUCAAAGCUAUAGAUACAGAAGAAAAUGGUAUAAUUUCAUUAUCACAAUUAAGACAUGAGAUCGAAUCUUUAACUGGUGAGCCUUUAGAUAACAACCCAACAAUCGGUAAACUAUUAAAUUUCCUUAGAAUUGUACAUAGAAGCGAAGUUCAAAAGAAUCAAGAUGACGAAGAUGACGAUUAUGUAAAUUUAGAUGACGACGAAGAUAAUGGAAAUACUCUAGAUGAUAAAUCUUUUGAUGAACUAUCAUUCGAGAAUUUAGAAUUAGACGAUAAAAAAAUGGAAGAGGAAGAUAAUACAUAUAUAGAUUUUCAAUCAUUUAUCGAAUCAAUGGCAUCCUAUAUGGACGGAGGUGAUCCUAAACUGUUAAGACAGCAAAGAAUUGAAACUUUUAAACUCCCAAAAUUCAAGGUACCAUUGGAGCUAUUAAAAAAAUAUAAUAUAACACCCAAAUAUCUAUCACCAAUGAUCAGUAGCGCAAGUGGAAGUCCAUUAUCAGAAGGUGUCAACUCUGUCGGCUUGUUAUCUCCCAACUCCACAUCUCAAUUCAGUCAUACACAGGGCUUCAAAAAUAACAGCGUAACUAACAGCCCAUCAAAAAAUAAAUUUGGAAGAUUAUUUACAUCCAAGCCAAUAAUAACAUUUGAUCAAUUUACCCACUUGGUGACAAAACUAAAUUAUGGAAAGGAGAUACCAAAACAAAAGCUAUUAAUGUAUAUACGUGACUUGCCAACUGACAAAGAUGAUUGCAUUGAUGCAAAUUUAUUUUUAUCAAGAUUUGGGGGAUUAAAUCAUCCUAUGAGCCCAAAACUAACCUAUGAUGGCGAGCAACAAGACGAUCAAUACAAUAUACACAGCCAAGGAAGUAGUCCACCAAACUCGACGAGCCAUAUCACUGGCAAUAAAGGUCGUCUAAAUAGUAGUGGUACGAACUAUGGAACUAACCAAUGGAAUAAAAGCUCACAAAUUGUAGACCAACUUCAAGACUCUUAUAAAGUUUUAGAAAAAGAAUGUGAAUCUUUUCAAAGCGAAAUAUCAAUGUUGGAAAAAUCUCGUCAAGUAUUGGAGCAAAAUUUAAGAAAAAAGGACCAAGAAAUUGAUCGUCUUAGAAAAGAUGCUAGGUUUGCAGAGGGUAUGAGGGAUGCCAACAAAGAUCUCAUGGUUCAAAAUAAUAACUUAAAGACCCAAAUAUCCAAGCUCACACUAAAUGAAGAUCUUUUACGUGAAUCAAUAGACUUGGAAAAAGAUAAAGCUCGAGAACUUAACGAAUCAGUUGUUUUAAAAGAUUUAGAAGUUAAAAAAUUAAAACUCCUAUUAAAAACUCAACAAAACAUUAAUAAUAAAUUGGCAAUGAUGGUAUCGUUCGAUGACGGAAAAUCUGGAAGUGGUAGCGGCAGUACGAGUCCAAAUAUAAUCGUAGAUGAAAAAGAUAGAAAUUUUACAAGUAGAAGAAUCAAACCAACAAUAGAUAGAGCCAAGCAGGUACUCAGUAGACAAAAAUCUGAAAAAUUCGAAAUUGAUAAAUAUUCAACAUUACAUGCAAACAAUAACUUUGCUUUAUUUUUAAAACAACAACAAUUAUUACAACAACAACAGCAACAACAAUCACCACCAAUCACAAGCGGAACAAACUCUCCACAAUCUUUACAAUAUGAAUUUGAGCAAUUACAACAACAACAAUUUCAAUAUCCACAACAAAACGAUAAUAACAGCAAUACUAUAAAUGAAGAACCAGAGUCUGAAUUGGAUUCAUUAAAACAACAAUUAAGCGGAUUGGAUGGUGGCUUCAAUUUACCAUCAGAAUACGAAAUUAAUACUGAUGAAAAUAAUUCUCUUGAUGAUUUAGCCAACACACCACUAAAAGAUGGCAAUACCUCACCAACUGUUACACCAAAUAAAAAUAACUCUAUUAGGGUUUCAAGUCCAUCAAUUAAAUCAACACCAUCAUCAGCACCAAUGUUUUCAACCCCACCAGCAAAUUCAUUAUCACCAUUUAGUCUUACAAGUCCAAAUGGUGGUAGUGGUUUCAAAAGUAGCGGUAAUAAAUAUGGUACUAUAUCAGGUGGUAUUUCACCAUUUGUACAACAACAACAACAAACACAACAACAAUACCAACCACUACACCAAGCAUCUAGCAAUAACCAGUCAAUUAAAUCACCACAACAGUUCCAGCAAAACCUUCAACAAUAUAAUCAAAUUAAUUUUUCAUCACCGACCCUAACAAGUUCGUUAAACUCAAGUAAUAAUAAUAUGCAACAAGUACAAGAUCAAUUUAAUGUUGGUAGUAUUCGUAGAUUAAAGAAAUCAGAUUUAAUAAGAUUGCACACUGAAGAAAUGGAGGAACAAAACGAAUCAGCUCAAUUAAUAAUUUCAGAAGCUGAAAAAGCUCUUGAAGAAUUUAAAAAGAAUAGUUCAAUUGAAAUGCAACGUAUUCAAAAAAUGUAUCAAGAAGAAAAACAAUCAAGAUUUGCCAUAGAAAAACAAUUACAAAACCAAUUGGAUAAAAAUAAAGAAAUGGUCACUGGCAAAGAGCAAUCCAGCACAUGGGGAGGAAUGCAAAACUUUUUUUCAUUUGUUUCAAAUUAUUUACCCUCAACUUUAUUUUGUAAUUUAUCAAAUACAAGUUAA